GGGACAACAGAAGCUAGAAAGGAGAUUACAUAGCUGGAGAAAGCCAGGAGUCAGGGAAUCCAGAUGUUUUUUACAUUUUAGAAUUUUACUUGAGGACAGGGCAGCAUUUUUGCUGUUGAUGUUGUUGCAAAUCAGCACUUCAUGCUUAAGUGCACCACAAGCAGCAAGUCCUCCCCUGACAUCUGGAAACAAGAAUACCCCAGGACAAGGCAGGCACUGCCAGCAGAAGCCAGAAAUGCCUUAACUGAGUUCUAAUGCACAAAACUCAGCUCCAAGUGUAUCCAUAUUUCAUCCCUACGUUUCUGAUUCUGUAACACAUUUUGAGCCAGAGCCAAAAUGUUGAGAUGAAAACCCCUAACAAUUUAUUGAGACAUCAAGACAACAAAAUAGACUUUUCUUAAUUAAAUAUAUGAAUACUCAAAGAAACCCAAACCACAUUCUGGUAUGCCUUUAUGGUUUUUUGCACUUUUGAUGUUAAUUAAGUUCUGCAUAUCUCGAACUGCUGCUGGAGAACUAAGACUAAUCUGUAACUCCUAUAAGUUGUCAUAGUUCCUCUGAAAUCAAGGGAGGUUUUGACAAUUUACACCAUCUGAGGAACUGCUCUGUGUGCCUAAUAAGACACACUGCUGUUUAAUUACAGGCAGGUUCAGAAGGAAUCUCCACAGCUCCAGAAAAAGCUGGUUCUGUCAGGAAGAAUCAUUUUUUGUUCUCUAAAACUCAUGAUGAACUUCAAUGUCAAAAGCCAUCCUUCUCUCUGUAAAGACCAUAAAUGUGUCUUGAGCUGAAAGAAAAGGUUCUGUGGACUGCAGGCAGCUUUGAAGUGUGGCCUUGGUGCUGCGAGAGGGUUUUGAGAGGAGAAGUAGGGAGUGCCUGUCCCAGUGUCCUCAGAGCCCUGGAAUAACAGGUGGGGAGACUGGGAGCAGCCAGACCACAGAACCUCAACACAGGAGCAAGAGAACAUCGAUCCAGACAUUCCUGUGACAGUUUUCAGUCUGGAGAGUAAGCCAGGGAGAUACCACGUGUUUACACACUGAUUUCUGAGAGGAUUUACUUGCUCUGUGUCAGAUUUAGGAACAUCAUUUAGUGGUAGCCUUGGCAGUGCUGGGUUAAUAGUCGGACUCCGUAACCUUAAAGGUCUAUUCCUACCUAAAUGGUUCUAGGAUUCUGUGUUUGCAACCACAGAACUGCAGGAGUUGUGUGUUCCACAUCUGCUGCUGUGAAGAUGAAUACUUUAAAAGGUGUGCAGACAUUGCAGUGAUAGGUGUGUAAGCUGCAAGAAGAUUCGGACAGAACACAGCAACACUCACUUUCACCUGAUCAACAAAGCACAACAACAAACAAGCACCUAAUAAAACCCCACCAAAACACAAAAAUCCCAACCACUGUCAAACCCACAGUUCCAAAACCAGAAAGUCACAAAAUUUUUCAAAAAGCUUUUCACAAAGUUUUGGGCAAAGCAACAGUAGGUUCCAUCUCUAGGUUUUGCGCUACCAAAAAAAGUAGAAUAAGCUGUUGUGAUUGCCCACCUGCACAGGGAGGACAUAAACCACAUGAGGAUUAACAGCUACAGAAUAAUGUACACCACCCACUGCAGAAUCUGUGCUGCAGGUUAAGAGACAGAAAAACUUAUACCUUGGGCAAGGAUCUCAGCAUAAGUGUGCUGCCUCAUUGAUACAGUAUUUUAUUACUAGGAUUUCUCUUAUUUUCCUGUGUCUCUCUAUCCACAUUUUAUUUCUGUUUCUUGCUGUCCUGUUUUCUUUCUUGUCUAUUUUUCCCCCUCAAGCAGAGCUUGAGAAUUAUGUCAUGAUCAGGACAUGGUAGGUACCUCAAGUGCAUUCGUGACCGAGCUGGAAGAGUUCAAUCCUCUCUACUACCCAAAGGAGAGGGAAGUGAAAAUUCAAACUGCACUCUUUUCUCCCAAGGGUUGGUGUGCUCUUUCUGCUACACAGAGUUGGAGCAAUUCUGCCAACAGAUUCCCACACGUUUCUCAUGAGGGCAGACCCUGGCACAGUCGUUCUCCUGAUCCUGCACUUGAAAUGAGUCACCAGCAGAGCAAACAGCUCCAGAGGCAGCAUGAAUCCACAGCCCUGCUCCUUCUUGUUGAAUUCACCCAGCACAGCAGGGCUUAAGCUGAGGAUUUCAGUUCAAAGAGUGACUUUAGUGUCUGAAUUAAAACACUCUCAGCAGUUUGUGCAGCCACUUGGCCCACCCGGGAACGUCUGCAGCGGGGGCUUCCAGGGGCAGAGCGCUGCUCCCACCACAUCUGGAGCAGCACAGCUGGCCCUCAGCCAAACCCUCCUGCUCACAGGCACCUCUGCAGUGCUCCAAGUGCAGCCAGGAGCCAAGGACAGCAGUACCAAGAGCAACAACCAAGUGGAUUCUCUUUCCACACCAUCAGAUCAGCAAUGGAAGCUCCAGCAGAUUUUGGACAAACCGCAGCAGCAGAUUUCCUUGUGUUGGGAAGAAACUCUGUGACUCGGUUUGGCUGUUUUAGUUUACAGCCUGACCAAAGCUCUGACAUUCACACAGGAUGCAAGGAGGCACCUGCUCACACCCAGCUGCAGUGGGAUCCCCGUGCCCAGCAUUCCCAACAGUCUUUGGAAAACAAAUCCCAAAUCCAGAGCCGGGCCAUAGGUGCAAGGCAUUUUUAAAAGAUCUCCCAGCAAGUGCUUUGUAAUUAGAAAUUGCAGGAAAUUACUCAGAUGUAGCUCAAGUCUUAAUUUUCCCUCCGUUUCUAAUUUAGCCAGAAUGAAUCAAUUAGUCCCCAGUUUGGAAUCUCUACCAUCCUUGAAACUUGGAUAUUCACAGAGAGCAAACAGCUCUUCGUGUGGAAGGCCCCAGCUGAAGGAUGUAAAUGGUGAACUGCAUGGAACACCAUUUAUUCACCCUGCUUUGGAAACACGAGAGGUUGAGCUGACCCUCCUGCGAUUCAAAUCUGAGUUUACAGCGUCAUUCAUCAUCUCAGAACGGGUCUGUUCCAGUCUCCUUGAACAAAACUAUUUUCUCCUCGCAUUUGCUGCACUGAAUUGGCUGAAUUUCAAUUCCAAGGUGUAUUGUACAAAGAACAGUUUUGGAGUGAAAGAUGUCAAGCUGGCAAAAAUUGAAAAUUAGAUUGGAACGAAAUCUAAUUCUUUUAAUAUAGAAAGUGUUUAGUUUUGCCUCUGUAAUAUAAUUUGAAGUCACAUAGCAAUCACGUUUUUGGUAGGUUUUGUCUCCAGCUGGAUGAAAUGAAGGAUUUUAAUAAGAAAUUAUGCAACAAAUAGGUGGAACUUGUGUCCCAUACAGCAAGAAAAUACUUUUCACCUCCGAGCACUGAGUAUUUGCUGUGCCAGGGAGAUCACCUGUAAUCAGCUUGUUGGGUGACCCCUGCUUGAUUUUGGGCAUGACUAAAACCCACCUUUUAUUGUACCAGGUGAUCUUAUCAGUGACCUAACACAAGUAGGAACCAAACACCUUCCAGUGCUGGGAUUUUGCUAAGCCUCUUUUUUCAGCACCUGGAGACAGACGGUGAGCACUGGGGGCACAAGCAUCCUCCUGCCAGAGCAAUGAUUCCGCCAACUUCUCCUUUCUCCAAGGCUUUCCGCUGCGGGCUCCAGGUGUAAAACCGGGAGCUGGGAGAGGCGCUUCCCUCCCGCAUUUUGGGCGGGCGGGAGGGGAGGUGGUCCAGCCGCACGAUGACAGCUGUAAAUCCUGGCGGAGCACGGAAUCCAUCAGGGCGGCGGGAGAGGAGCGCAGCUCAUCUCCGAACCGAGCAUCCCCCCCGGCCGGAAUGACACCGGAGCAGCUCCGGGUGCCUGCAGGUCUGCGGGCUGGGUAGCGGCAGGAAUCGGCCGCUGCUGCCGCUCUCAGCCCCGCGAAGCCGCCUCGCUGCUCCCGGAGAGCCGCGGCAGACGGAGCUGGCUCCGGCACAGGGAGCGCGAGCAGCGGCUCCUGCGGGGAUCCCGGAGCUCCCGCAGCCUUCCUGCCGGAGCCCGGCGUUAUCCUCGUGCCCGGGAAGGGAGCUGCGUGUGGAACGCUGUGCUGAGCAGAGGUGUGCGUCCUUCCAGCGGGCUGCUCGCUCCGAAAGGACAGGCUGGCUACAAAUGAGAUGUGACUGUGCCGGUGGAGUUCACUGACUGGGGCUGGAGCGACAGGAGCCUUCCUGGGAUGCCGCUGGGAGCUGCUGGCAACUGAGAGCUCUGCCUGGUUUACCUGGAGCCCUGUGAGGAGCUUUGAAUAGCAGGUGUCUCUUUGCUGCACGCUAGGAAGAGAAAUUCUUCUCCAGAUAAUGUUAAGAGGCCUCUUCAUUGAUUAUUGGCAGCUGCUGCGCUUUGAGAAAACCUCUUUCAAUUUGUCUUUCCGGAUCCUUUGACUUCCCGCUCCAACAGCCUUACAGCCUCCCUGAACGCUUCAUAAAUGCACUGCAAUGGUCACAUGAACACCUUGGAAGGGGAACGUCCACAGCUCCUCGUUCCCGUGGCGCUUUAGGAGGGGCACCUGGAAGAGCUGCAAGUCCAGCAGGAGCUGGAGACCCUGUGAAAGAUGAAUCUCAUCGGGAAGCUCCGCAGAAGCUUCCGAACGCUGGUCGUUCUCCUGGCCACCUUCUGCUUGGCAAGUAUUGUCAUCUCUGCCUAUUUCCUCUACACUGGCUACAAGCAGGAGAUGGCCCUCGUGGAAACCACUGGGCAAGCAGAGUGCGAGGACCCCAAACUCCUGCCCUACAGGUCUGCAGAGCUGAGAACACCUAAGCCAAUUGAUCCCUCUAGGACUGACCCCACUGUGCUCCUGUUCGUGGAAAGCCAGUACUCCCAGCUGGGGCAAGACAUCAUAGCCAUCCUCGAGUCCAGCAAGUUUCAGUACCACAUGGUCAUUGCACCAGCCAAGGGGGACAUUCCCCCUCUCACAGACAACGGGAGAGGGAAGUACACGAUUGUUAUAUAUGAGAAUAUUUUAAAGUACGUGUCCAUGGACUCAUGGAAUAGAGAGCUUCUGGAAAAAUACUGUGUGGAAUACAGUGUUAGCAUAAUUGGUUUUCAUAAAGCCAAUGAGAACAGCUCCCCCAGCACCAGGCUGAAAGGGCUGCCGUUACAGCUGUACAACAACGUGGCCCUCCAAGACUGCGUGGUGAACCCCCGCUCGCCCCUGCUGCGCAUCACCAAAGCGCCCAGGGUGGAGCAGGGCCCGCUGCCCGGCGAGGACUGGACGGUGUUCCAGUUCAACCACUCCACCUUCCAGCCCGUGCUGCUGAGCGAGCUGCAGCCCAACAGGCCCACCCCCCCUGUGCUGCCCAGGGCUGCUCUCUAUGCCACCGUCGUCCAGGACUUGGGCCUGCACGAUGGCAUCCAGAGAGUCCUCUUUGGGAACAACCUGGCCUUCUGGCUCCACAAGCUCAUCUUCCUCGACGCCAUCUCCUUCCUGUCGGGGAAGAAGCUAACACUGUCCUUGGAGAGGUACAUUCUGGUUGACAUCGACGACAUCUUUGUCGGGAAGGAGGGGACCAGGAUGAACGUCAACGAUGUGAAGGCUUUACUAGAGACUCAAAAUUUACUGCGCACUCAGGUUGCAAAUUUUACCUUCAACCUUGGAUUUUCAGGAAAAUUUUACCACACAGGGACUGAGGAGGAGGAUGAGGGCGAUGACCUGCUGCUGAGAUCUGUGGAUGAGUUCUGGUGGUUUCCCCAUAUGUGGAGUCACAUGCAGCCACACCUCUUCCACAAUGAGUCCUCACUGGUGGAGCAGAUGAUCCUCAACAAAGAGUUUGCAAUGGAGCACGGCAUCCCCACGGGCAUGGGCUACGCGGUGGCCCCGCACCACUCCGGCGUGUACCCGGUGCACGUGCAGCUCUACGAGGCCUGGAAGAAGGUGUGGCACAUCCGUGUGACCAGCACAGAGGAGUACCCACACCUGAAGCCUGCACGGUACAGACGGGGCUUCAUCCACAAUGGCAUCAUGGUGCUCCCUCGACAGACCUGUGGCCUUUUCACUCACACUAUUUUUUACAAGGAAUAUCCUGGUGGUCCUCAGGAGCUGGACAAAAGUAUCCGAGGAGGUGAACUGUUCCUCACCAUUCUCCUGAACCCCAUCAGCAUCUUCAUGACCCACCUGUCCAACUACGGGAACGACCGCCUGGGCCUCUACACCUUUGCCAACCUUGCCAGCUUUGUCAAGAGCUGCACAAACCUGAGGCUGCAGACGCUGCCCCCCGUGCAGCUGGCUCAGAAGUACUUCCAGCUCUUCCCCGAGCAGACAGACCCCCUCUGGCAGAACCCGUGUGACGAUAAGCGACACAGGGAUAUUUGGUCCAGAGACAAAACGUGCGACCACCUGCCCAAAUUCCUGGUGAUAGGACCCCAGAAAACAGGAACAACAGCCCUUUAUCUAUUCCUUCUGAUGCAUCCUUCCAUUAUCAGCAAUCUCCCCAGUCCAAAAACUUUUGAGGAAGUUCAAUUCUUCAGCGGCAACAACUACCACAAGGGAAUUGACUGGUACAUGGAAUUCUUCCCCACUCCUUCCAACGCCAGCACCGACCUCCUGUUUGAGAAAAGUGCCAACUAUUUCCACUCUGAGGAAGCUCCCAGGAGAGCUGCUUCUCUCAUCCCCAAGGCCAAGAUCAUCACCAUCCUCAUCGACCCGUCCGACCGCGCAUACUCCUGGUACCAGCACCAGCGCUCGCACGAGGACCCGGCCGCGCUGAGGUUCAGCUUUUUGGAGGCGAUCAGCUGCGGGCCGCGGGCGCCGCCGGAGCUGCGGGCGCUGCAGCGGCGCUGCCUGGCGCCCGGCUGCUACGCGCGGCACAUCCACCGCUGGCUCUCGCACUUCCCGCCCGCCCAGUUGCUCAUUAUCGAUGGACAGCAGCUGAGAAGUGACCCUGCUACUGUGAUGGAUGAAGUGCAGAAGUUUCUGGGAGUCUCUUCUCACUACAAUUACUCUGAAGCCCUAACGUUUGACCCUCAGAAAGGCUUCUGGUGCCAGUUAUUGGAAGGAGGGAAAACAAAGUGCCUGGGGAAAAGCAAAGGUCGGAAAUACCCACCAAUGGACCAAGAGUCCCGAGCGUUCCUGUCGAGCUACUACCGGGAGCACAACGUGGAGCUGUCCAAGCUGCUGCACCGGCUGGGCCAGCCGCUGCCCUCCUGGCUGCGGCAGGAGCUGCAGAAGCUCAGGUAGCCCGGGGCGACCCGGCCAGGCGCCCCGCUGCCCCGGCACCGUCAGGACAGGACCUCACGGACCCCGCGAAACCACACAAACCACAGGAGAACCAACAGAGGAGCCCCAAACCCGCAAGUGCUGGCAUGCCCGGCGGAGCGGCAUCGAGCCCUUCUGCCGGCUCCCGGGAGAGCGCCCGGCGGCGGCGGCGGCCCUGGAUCCUCCCUGCCCCGGGAAGGGCCGGGAGCUCUGUGCGGGACCGGCGGAGCCGGGCCGGACACGGCAAAGGAUGGGAACGCCGCUCGCCGCACUGGGAGGUUGGUCCUGCGCUGGGCUCUUCCCGCUUUUCUUUUCAAACCCUUUCACGCUGCAGCAGUGCACUGCCCGUGGCCUGGUAUGGAAAGCUGGCUUCUGUCUGCAGAGCAGCGCUGAAGCCUUCAGACACCUUCAGACACCUUCAGACACCGGGUGGGUCUUUUAGGGUCUUCUUCAGGCAGGUUAAAUCAUCAGCGCCCAACCAGCGCUUCCUUAGGAGAGCUGUGCUUUUUCUGCAAGCUGGUGCAGAAAAAUAACUGUAAUUGCCUUUCUAAAUGGUCUGGACACAAAGCAGGCUGCUGAAGAACAAGCUCUUCCUGCAGACUUUUAGGGAGUUGAAAGGACAAACACAGCCCCUGCAUAUCACACACACCUGUAUGACAUACGUGUCUUCGUUCCUGAAUGUCUGCCUAGUGUAUCUCUGGAUCAGACACACACUUAGUUUUAAAUAUCUGCUUUUUGUGCCCACAGGGAAAUGAAAGGGUGGCUUACCAAAAAUAUGACAUAAACUCUGCUUGGUUCUCAGAGCUGUAGGGGCAAGGUCAGCGAGGCAGGGCAGAAACUCCUUGCUUGUCCUCUAUGGAGGUCAUUCCUCACAUCUGGAAGUGGUAAACAGAUGUAUUUGUAUGUCACAUAGAAACUCACACUCCCUUAUCUUAGAGCACUGGCAACACCACAGAUGACUGGAGUAAUGAGAGCUUUGGGUAAGUAAGGCUUGGGCAGAGAGGAGUAUCUAAAAGGAGCAUUUGAUAAAAUUAUAGCUGUUAAAAUGCAUUAAAAUUGGCUCAGCUUUAAUUAAAAGAAGACUGCCUCACUCUUGAUUAAAAGCUGAAUAAACAUGACACUGGUUUCAGGAGCUUUUCAAGGAAAUGAGACAAACACUAGAGAAUCCAGAAAAUUAUUUCUUGUUCUUAGUUUUUUAUUUAGAAAGAAGUCUGUCUCUCUAACUCUCAGCUCUGUACUGGCACCAUGUCCUGAAAAUCCACCAGCUAUUUUUAUUUUUAUGUCAUUUUUUAAGUUUGAAUAGGCCUCACAUUGCCGCGAGAUCUCGUGUUCCAUUGAGGACUGACAUUUGAAUUGAGUUCUUCAUGUGUCACCAAGAUGAAAUAACAUUAUUUCCAAGUUUCACUCCCUCCACUUGUAAGAGGAGCCAUCAGCACAGAAUUCCUCUGGACCACCGUGUGACAGAGGAGCCUUUGUGAACUGUCUGGAAAUGAUCUCCUUUGCUUUUGAUGCCUUUUUAUGUCACUGACCACAUCAUUGUUGGGACUCUUACAGACCAGCAAAACAAAGGCAGCAAAAAUGAAACAAUUAUUGAUGGCAAGAGCGCUGUGGCCGGGAAAGAUCCUGCUGGUCCUUUUUUCCUGUUUGUAAGCCACAGGAUUCCUGUCCUUCCCGUGCUGCAGGCUGCAGUUCAGAGUUCCACACACUGCUGCGGGGGGGCUGCAGCUGCAGUUUGCUCCCAUUCCCCUGGAAAUGAGGGUUCCAGGCCAGGCACAGGGGUCGGGGCCGUGGCAGCAGGGUUGAUGAUGACAGCAGAGCUUUGGCCCUCAGAAAGCUGAGCUCAUAAAAUCGAGGCUGUUUUUGAGCGAGGAGCAAUCAGAACGGAAUCCAAACCCCUCUAAAUUAUGCAUUGACCUCUCAAGGUCUAAAAUAAAGUUGUGGGAUUAACUGCUCCGCGAUGUUGUCUAAUAAACCAAAUUUCCUCUCUGAUAGGGGAGCAGGCUGCAGAGAGUCCCCAAAACAAAUUAAAAUGGUGGAAUUAGAAAUUCUUGGGGGAGGAAGUGGUUGUGUAAUGAAGGCGCCGAUGGGUCCAGGCUCUCUGAUGUGAUAACAAGGCAGUGGGGAUGUGCCCUGAAUACAGAAUCCAGAGCUGAGUGCUUUCUCCUCUUCCUUCCCCUCCCUGCCCAUUCUGAGGCAGGGAGAUGGGGUGUCUUUCAUCCAUCCCCUGAACGGUCGGGGUGUGGGGAGCCCAUUUCCCCUCUGCUGGGCCACCCAAAAGGGAGACAUCACCCACUCAUUUACCUCCCAUCAGUAACAAAUUAUGUUCGUCAUGGGCUUAAAAUUGAUGUUUCUAACAGGAAUAUGAGUGUGUCAAACAGGUACAGCACAGGAACAUAAAUCAGCAGUGACCACUUGGCUGAUUUUACUGUACUGAAAUAAGGCUAAAUUUGGGGGUUCUUUUAGAUAACUCUGUGUUCAUGGGACAGGAAUUUCCCUGCCAGACAACGUUUCUUACUCUGUCUUUAUUUCUCUUUUUGUGCUUCCAGUUCAUCCUUUUAGUGUGACUGCAAAGGUGUGGACCUGCCCACGGACUCAAUUCGUCCAUCACUCUCCUUUCUAGAAAAGCUGCCAAAAAGAAAUAAGGAUUUGCAAGCGACACAGAUUCUGAAGUGUUCAGUGCUCCAGUGACUGGAUAACUUUUAUAAGACUUAUUAUGAUUUCUGUCGUAUUUCAGAACAAAGGACAUCCUGUUGAUAGAGCUGAGGAAAAACUUCACUGUCUUGCCCAAGCUCUUUUUUUUUUUUAAUUUUUCUUUCCCCUCCAACGUGACGACAGCAAGUCCAGUUGAACAAAUACUUGGUGUUGAAGCAGAAGGAAUUAAAAUAAAUUUUGAUCACUCAAAGUAUUUUUGUUGGGGGGUGGGGUUGGUGAGGGAGGUCAAGGGCUGUACUUGCUGGAAUUGUUUUAAAUAAUUGAUGUGCACACAGCUGAUUAUCAGUUCUUCUCACUGCCACAGA